AUGCCUCCACACGUUCCGCGCAAGAGGCUGCGCACUCCAUCGCCUGUGACGAGUGGACGAAUCACCAAAUCGGCAGCCAAGGGCAAGGUGAAGGCCAGCCCGGCAACAGCACCUCCACCCCCAAAAACGACACAUUUUGAGGAUUCAGAAUCUGGAGUAAGGAAACGUUCUGCUGAGAAAACUAGAUUGGCACUUCAACAGAUGUACGACAAUGACGAUGCCAGCAGUUCUCUCAGUUCGCUCUCAGACAUUGAAUUCGAAGAUGUCCCUCCCGCCAAACGCCAAAGAUUGGAGAAGGAUUCUGACAGCGAGGACGAAGACGAGCAAAUGGAAUUUGAAGAUGUCCCUAAUCUCGAGCCUCAAGCGGAGCCGGUCGUGUCUGGUGACUUGUCUAUCUCAUGGAACCAAGGCCACUAUGUACCUCUAUCCAGCGAUAUGGGAAAGAAGAGCGCCACCAAAAAGGAGAAGGCAGCCCGGAUUGUAACGCACUGUAUGCAUGUACAGUUAUUACUAUGGCACAAUGCCGUUCGCAACUCAUGGUUAUGCGACGUGGAAGUUCAAGCUAUCAUGAUCUCACACUUGCCUCCCCGCUUGUGGGACGAAGUCGACCGGUGGAGAUUGAGCAGUGGCUUGGACGAUCCUGAAGAGGUCGGGCCAAAGAAAGGCAAGCCAAACAGGAAAACAAGGUCCAAGGGGAAGCAGCCUGCUGCCAGACCUACCAGAGAUUGGAGCGAUGCGGCGGAUAGGCUUGAGAAAGGAGUUCCGGACAUGAGCCGUGGCGACCCGCUCUUCAGGCUGUUGAAAGCGCUCUGUCCGUGGUGGAGACAGCGGUUCCGAAUAACGGCUCCCGGCUUGCGAAAAAUCGGAUAUAUGAGUGCUCGGAGGCUUGGCAAAUGGUCACGCGAGUACGAAGAGGGAGAGCACGACCCUGAGAAGUUUGGCGAGCGCAUCACGAACUUGGAAGAGUUUCGAAAACGUGCGCAAGAGUGCACCGGCAGCCGUGACGUUGGGGCCCAGCUCUUCACGGCCCUAUUGCGCGGAAUUGGACUUGAGGCCCGCAUGGUUGCUAACCUCCAAUCGAUUGGAUUCGGUUGGAGCAAGGCUGAAGAGGCUAAUGAAGAGAAGCCGGAAAACCAGGGCCAGAAAGCCGGUACAAAUGCUACUGAUACCCCGAAUGGUUAUGAAACGUCAAAGAAGACUGUACUAAAACGUCCAGCAAAACAGCGCGCAAAGAAGAGCGAGAAAGAUGCUUUAAUGAUCGAAUUGGAUGACUCAGACGAGUUUGCGGAUCCUCUGAGCGAGGAAAGUGACGACGAUUCGAUUGUUGAUGUCACAGCUGAGCAUCGCCAGCCUAGAACUGUAACCAAAUUGUAUGAUAAGGACCUCGACUUUCCACAUUACUGGACAGAAGUACUAUCGCCUGUUACAAAAACGUGUAUCCCCGUUGACCCAAUUGUCAAGUCCGUUGUCGGUACGAACAGGGAACUUAUCGAGUCACUAGAACCCAGAGGCGGCAAAGCGGAUAAAGCCAAACAAAUCAUAGCCUAUGUGGUGGGGUUCUCUCAGGAUGGCACAGCAAAGGACGUCACGGUUCGUUAUUUGAGGAAACGGCUCUUCCCAGGAAGAACUAAAGGCGCACGAAUGGGGGUGGAGAAGAUUCCAAUCUACAACAAGCAUGGCAAGGUCAAGCGAUACGAGCAGUUUGACUGGUUUGGGUCGGUGAUGCGCGGUUAUUCUCGCGGUGGACAAAAGCACCCCAUCACCGAAGCUGACGAGCUUGAGGAUUCUACGGACCUGAAACCCGCGGUGCCCGAGAAGAAGGAGGUUAAGGAAGGCGAGGAGACACUGCAGUACUAUAAAUCUUCCAAGGAGUUCGUGCUCGCGCGCCAUCUCAAGCGGGAAGAGGCUCUGCUGCCUACUGCCAAACCAGUAAAGGUCUUCCGCAACAAGGGCAAGGGUGGGAAAGUGGAUGAAGAGGAUGUGUUUUCACGCAAAGACGUGGUGGCUGUCAAGAGCGCAGAGACUUGGCACAAACAGGGUCGCGCACCAAAGGACGGCGAAGCGCCGCUCAAGCAUGCACCAUACCGAGCAGCGACGACGAACAGGCGCAGAGAGCUCGCAGAGGCGGAGGCGAGAACGGGUGGGAAGGUACUGCAACCACUUUACAGCUACGAGCAGACGGAUUGGAUUAUUCCCGACCCGAUUGUGGAUGGCCAAAUUCCGAAGAAUGAGUACGGCAACAUCGACAUGUUCGCCGAGCACAUGUGUCCCGAGGGCGCGGUGCACCUGCCCUACAGAGGCGCGGUUCGUGUCUGCAAGCGCCUUGAGAUCGACUACGCCGAAGCAGUAGUUGGCUUCGAGUUUGGACACCGUAUGGCUGUUCCUGUGAUUCAAGGCGUCGUGGUCGCAGAAGAACAUAGAGAACGCGUGAUUGAGGAGAUUGAGAAGGACGAGGCGGAGCGCGCGAGAAAAGAGGACGAGAAGAGACGUAAGGCGGUGUUGGGCAUGUGGAGGAAAAUGCUUAUGGGGUUGCGGAUUGCGAAGAGGAUACAGGAUGACUACGGUCAUAUAGAGGAUAUGGAGGUUGAUGGCCAUGAUGGCGGUGGUGAGGCGGACUUCAGGGCUAUGCAAGAAAGGGAUGAAGAUAUGGCUGGGGGUUUCUUGCCUGAGGGUUAUGAAGAAGAAGAUGCCGAGGAGCCGGAACAGAAAUCGGGUUACUUCCCGGUAGCACACGAGGAUGACGAAGACCCUUUCGAGGUGGAAGAUGGCCUCCAGGAGCAAGCGGGUGUUUCGACUGAACCUGCACCAGACGGCAGAAAGAUGGUUGUCAAGCCAAAGCCAAAAGCCAAACCCAAGAUGAGAACGUCAACGAGGAGGCGAACCCGGAGGACUCAAGUUGAAUCUUCUGAGGAGGAUGAUCAGGAAGAAGAUGACGACUUUAUGGAAGAUGGCGAUGAUUGA